GUAGCCGGCAUGAGUGUUUACAUGUAAUCUUUUCCCGGUGUGAAACUCUUUCCUCAUGCCGUGAGUAAGUGUUCGAGUGUAUAUGUUUAGCAUGGUACUUUUUUACAAGUCAUCAUGACCAAUGUCAGCAGUACAAAUCAGUCCUAUGCUGAUUCAGAAGACUCCAUUUUUAACGUCUCGACAAUAUGGCCUUCUGUAUCAUUUGACAAUGUGACCGAGGAGAUGAACACCUCUGUGGUGUCCGACACUUAUGUUAGUCUCCUAGAAGAUGUUUCCAGGUACCUCUGGGUCAUAUUCUCACCAAUUCUUUUCAUUGUCGGUGUGACUGGUAAUGUACUUACAAUUGGCGUUCUGAGGCAGAUGAAGUUCCACAAGAAACCCCCAUUUUUCUUUUUGUUUGUACUAGCUCUUAGUGACAUUACGGUUCUGUGUGUUGGACUUAGCAGGUACUGGAUCAGAGAAACAUUUUCCUCAGAUAUUCGCGCUCUGACUAACUUUGGAUGUAAAUUCAAUUUGUUUUUCAUUUACUGGUCCAUGCAGUUAUCCUCAUGGAUUCUUGUUUGUGUUGUUCUAGAGCGUUGCAUAAAAACUAACUUUCCCUAUCGCUAUCCAAGAAUAGUCACUAUUCCAAGAUGUAUAGCUUUGGUAUUUCUACUUAUGGUUGUUUUAGCUGGAGUUGAUAUGCAUUAUUUCUGGACAAACGGCUUAAUUCCAGAUGGAUCGGAAUGGGAGUGUAAUUCUCUGACAGACGCAUAUUUCAACUUUGAAGAAUUUGUCUUCACCUACGUGGACUUCACAGUUUUGUCUGUGUUGCCAUUUCUAUUGAUGAUUGCGAUGAACGCAACCAUAAUUCGUGUGAUUCGACAGUCUAGAAAAUUCCGUAAAUGUACUGUCCGUAGUAAGAGCACGAAUAAAAAACUGAAGAAAUUCGAUUUGAAAUUGACAAGGAUGCUAGUGUAUACCAGUGUGUAUUUCCUUGUAGCUACUUUACCAAUAAGUGUCUACUUUAUUGUGGAUUCUUACCAGGAGGAUAUCACAGAUCUUCAAAGUGCGAAAAUGGACGUCGUUUGGUCCUCUUCAUAUCUCUUUCAGUUCUCAAAUUAUACAAUAAACUUCUUUUUGUACAAUUUGAUUAAUAAAAAAUUCAGAAACAAAUUUAUCGACCUGAUCAAAUGCAGAUCGCCGACAAAGAAGAGGAAAUCUUCAAAAAGCGACUCUGUUUACAGUGUACAAACGGCAGACACAUUUAUUGGAUCAGAGACAACCAAAGAUUCUGAGGAAAUGUCUACAGGAGAAUAACGUCCAAUU